AUGCCACCAUUCCCAGAACGUCAUUCUAGUAUUUUAGCUAAACUUAAAGCUAAAAAUCCUAAUACUGAUGGUACAAUAACAAAAUCAGAAGCGGUUGGAGAUAGUUAUGCUGUGAAUUCAGCUAAAAUCAGCCAUGAUAACAAUCAUGAUGUUAACCGUGAAGCAGAUUUACUCAAUUUCGGCAAUCCUGGUACUGUGUACAAUGAUGUCCAGUCCAAACCAAACGGCUCAUCUAGUCUGUUAGUUGAUUUAAUGGGGAAUGGCUUCACGUCUUCAGAUACGAACAAUUUACUUCAUGCUAGUGGUGAUCAGUACAUGAAUCGUAAAGAAUUUACAAACUUUUUAACGAGGCAUAAUGCAAUUCUAUAUGAGAAUUCUCUUAUUCGUAUCGGUAUUCGAAUGGAAUCUCGUGGGCAAUUUUGUCGUUUAGGUGUAUUCUACGGAAAUAAAUCUCCUCAUCCAUUCACAGUGUUUUGUUCUCAAGUCACAUGUCCAGAUGCAAUGGAUGUGAAUGAAUUGGCUAAAGCAAUUUCCAUUGAACUUCAACCUGGACCUGAUCGAAUUGAAGCAGGAACUCAAGUUCAACAAUCAUUAAAUGUUGAAUGUUUACGACCUUUUACUGAAAUAGUAAAAAUGGAUGUUUCUUAUUUAUAUGAAGACUCAAAACAACGUUAUGCACUUAUGCUCCCGAUAACAUUGAAUAAAUUCCUACAACCUGCUGUGAUGGAUCAAGCAACAUUUUUUGCUCGAUGGAAAUUAUUGUGUCAACCUGGACAAGAAUGUCAGAAAAUCAAUUCUGCACUAUUCUCAUUAGAAACAACUUCCAUGAGAACUACUACUCGAAACUUCGGAUUUAGUUUACUAGACGGUAUUGAUCCCAAUCCACAAAAUAUUGUUGGUGCAGGCAUUGUUGUAACUAGUAGUCAACAAGUUGGUGUAUUACUUCGAUUGGAACCGAAUACACAAUCAAAUAGACAAAUUAAUAAUUGGCAUUCAAUUCCUGUAGAUCCAAAGGAUUUCAAUUUGUUUUCAACUUUGAAUAGUGGUCAAGCAUUUCGCUGGAUUUUUAAUUCAUCUUUGAAUGAAUGGCACGGAGUAAUAAAUGGUCAUUUAUGGCGAUUACGUCAAGUGGAUGACUCUAAUCCUGUUGAAUAUUAUUUUGAUAAAAAGUUGAAAACAAGAUUAAACGAUGUUCCUUAUGAUUUACGUGAUUACUUCAGAUUAGAUAUGAAUUUAUCUAAUCUAAUGAAAGAAUGGUCUAUGAAAGAUGAAUGGUUUGCAAAUCGUUUCUCUAAACAGUGUCAAAUGGAUACAGCUCGUGGUUUACGCUUAUUAAGACAAGAUCCAGAAGAAACAUUAUUCGCUUUCAUUACAUCAGCGAAUAAUAAUUUAAUACGAAUUACUAAAUUACUUUGUAAAUUAUGCAGUGAAUAUGGUAAUCCUUUGUACUUUGAAAAUGAGGAUAUAAGACAUUGGACUUUUCCAUCGCCAGAAAUACUUGCACAACCUGGAAUGCAGGAUAAUUUAAAAAAGAUUGGUUUUGGUUAUCGUUCCAAGUUUAUUACACUUGCUGCCAAUUGGCUAUUGAAAAAUGGAGGUCGAUCUCGUCUGCUUGAACUUCGUUCUAUGUCUCAUUUUGAAGCUCAGGCAUUUCUGCUUCAAAUACCUGGAAUCGGUAAAAAGGUUGCAGAUUGUAUAUGCUUGACAUCGUUAGAUAAAUUAAAUGUUGUCCCUAUCGAUGUGCAUAUGUAUCGUGUUGCAUGUGAAAAAGGAAUUGUUGAAGCAUCACGAAAAACAAUGACUACGAAAUCAUAUGAUGCUAUUUCAAAAUCUCUUAGUGAUAUUUGGGGAAAUUAUGCUGGAUGGGCACAAACGAUUCUUUUCUAUACUCGUAUGAUGGAAUCGAAACCAAAUAAGAAAUUAAAACAACGUAUUCAUUGUGUUGAGCCAAACGUAAAGAAAGAAUGAAGUCAAAUGUAUAUUAUAUUUGAGUGUAUUGUUUACUUGUGCAUUUUCUACUGAAUUUAUUUUUUUUAAAUUAUUACAAAUCAUUUAAAUUUCAUUGUCAUUUAAACUACAUUCAUCCAUAUCAAAUGUAAAAUAACAGAAAAAAAUUUACAACACUUGAAAAUGAUUCAGUAUUUUGGAAUUGAUUAUUAUUAUUGUUAUUAUGUGUAAUGACAUACAAAGCUCAAUUAGCUUAGUGAUCAUUUUUCAUCUAAACGUCUAACUGAUUUAUGCAUAAUGUUUUUUUUUAAGAAUUUCAUUUCAUAUUAUUGUUACGCAUGCAUGUAAACAUGCUUGAACUAUGACGAGUUUACUUCGG